CCCUUAUCUCUCGCAGGUUUACCUUAUUUCCGGCUCUUAGCUACUCUCUCUCUCUCUCUCCGACGGUCCCCUUAUCAUCAUUUCCCCUUGGCGCCCGAUUGCUCAGUGCUCGUUCCCGCCGUCGAUUCAAAACUCCGAUUGCUCGGUGCCGCCGUCGAUUCACAAACACGAGUCCACGUUUCCGUGCUCAGUGCCGUCGUUUCCGUGCAACACGAAUUGUCGGUAAUCCUUGCCGCUGUCGAUUCACAAACACAAACUCCGGUUGCUUGGUGCCGCUGUUGAUUCAACUCAAAGGGCAGUCUGAUUGAGGAGAAUGGUUUCCAAUUUAAUCAAUGCCAAUCCAACUGUGUAUGAAAAAAAGGAGCGUCGAGCCCGAACUGCACUAGCCGAUGGGGAUGAAUACGCCGUGGAACACUUUGACCAGUUGGAAAUUUUUGAUCAUCUUAGAGACAUAAAAGAUCCUGAACAUCCUUAUUCAUUGGAAGAGCUGAAAGUUAUUACAGAAGAUGCAAUUGAGGUAGAUGACGAGCGUAACUAUGUGAGGGUGACAUUCACUCCAACAGUUGAACAUUGCAGUAUGGCAACAGUGAUUGGCCUUUGCUUGCGGCUGAAACUCAUGCGCAGCCUGCCUUUGCGUUAUAAGGUGGAUAUCAGGGUGGCUCCUGGAACUCAUGCAACUGAAGCUGCAGUUAAUAAACAGUUGAAUGAUAAAGAGCGGGUUGCAGCUGCAUUGGAAAAUCCCAACCUUGUAGAUAUGGUUGAUGAAUGCCUGGCUCCGUCCUAUGAUUGAAAGAGAGCUAGUAUAGCAUAUUUUACUGUUUGUAGACAUCAGCGAUGAUACCCUUUUUACCUUUUUGUCUUUUUUGGUCAACUUAAAUUGUUUGUCAGAAGAAUAAUGGUUAGUUAGGCACGUGAUCCUUGUAAUGUGGUCAUCAUCUCAUUUAUUACAUAUAUAUAUUUAUUUGUGAUUUACUAUUCUUUAUUUAUAGUAAAGAUUAUACCUGAGUAAUCUUUUUUGGAUCAA